AUUACCGACUGACAAAAUUCGAUGUGAACUGUAAAUAUAAAAAGACUAGCUCCACCAAUGAAGUUAUGAUCACGUGAUACCUGCAGCCAUGAUGACUGGAAUGGAAGAAAGUCCUGACCUCUUGGCAGGAGAUGAAAACAAGUCGAGAUCAGAUACAGUUGACCUGUCAACAGAUACAUCAUUGCUUGUUGACAUCUCAGAUGCCCUCAGUGAGAGAGACAAGGUCAAGUUCACAGUUCAUACCAAGACAACCUUACAACAGUUCAAGGAGUCUGAGUUUUCUGUAGUAAGGCAGCAUGAGGAAUUUAUCUGGCUACAUGACAGAUAUGUUGAAAACCCAGAAUAUGCUGGAAUUAUUAUUCCACCAGCCCCGCCCAGGCCAGAUUUUGAUGCAUCUAGAGAAAAAUUACAGAAACUUGGCGAGGGAGAAGGCACAAUGACGAAAGAAGAAUUUACAAAGAUGAAACAAGAACUGGAAGCUGAAUAUUUAGCGACUUUCAAGAAGACAGUUGCCAUGCAUGAAGUAUUUCUACAGAGGAUAGCGGCCCAUCCUGCACUCAGAGGGGACAUGAACUUUGAAGUUUUUCUGAGCUUUGAUCAAGAUUUAAGUGUGAGAGGGAAAAACAAGAAGGAGAAACUCGGAGGAUUCUUUAAAAGUAUCACAAAAAGUGCUGAUGAGGUGUUACUGGCUGGUCAAAAGGAUGUUGAUGAUUUUUUUGAGUCAGAGAAAACAUUCCUUAUAGCCUAUCACACCAAAAUAAAAGAUGCCACGCAUAAAUCUGACAAAAUGACAAAAGCUCACAAGAAUGUAGCAGAUAACUACAUACAGAUUUCCUCAGGCUUUGUACAAUUGGCAACUUUAGAAAAUACAGAAUUAGAUAAGGUGUUUACAAAAGUAGCAGAAGCCUUAGAAAAAGCAAGAAAAUUGGAAGGAAGGGUUGCCACAGAUGAAGAUUUAAAACUAAGUGAUACUUUACGCUAUUAUAUGAGGGACUCCGAGGCAGGGAAAGACCUCUUAUACCGUAGAACUAGAGCACUAGCUGAUUAUGAAACUGCCAAUAAAAAUCUAGAGAAAGCAAGAACAAAAAAUAAAGAGGUUCCUCAGGCAGAGAAAAACCAACAGUCUUGUUGUGAGAAGUUUGAAAAAAUAUCUGAAGUGGCAAAAAAGGAACUGACAGAAUUCAAACAAAGACGAAUAGCUUACUUUAAGAAAAACUUUGGUGAUUUAGUAGAACUAGAAUUAAAACAUGCAAAGGCACAGCUACAGUUGUACAACAGUUGCAUUGCAGCAUUGAAGGAGGAAGAAGAGUAGAUAUAUAGAUGAAUACAAUGUUAAUGAAAUACUGUGUUAUAGUAUAUAUAAUGACAAGUGCUAGAAGUGACAGCUGGUUUAUCGAAUAGAAGUGUCUUAAAAAAAAAUUCUUGAUGGGAAUAGAGACGUUCUUUGAAUCCGACUGUUGACAAAGACAUGAAAAAUAUUACACAAAAAAGUUAUGUUGUUGCCAUAGUAACCAUUUAAUGGCAUGAAAAAAGCACAGCUUAUGUUGUUACGAUAUCAUUAAAUGAUAAAGCAUGAUUAUUUUUACUACAAAGAGUGCAAUACGUUGUAUGGUAAUUGAAUAUAUAGAUGCUGGAACAGCAACUAUAGUAAAUAACAUCACAAGUAGACACAUUUUUUUUUGCUUGGCCUAUUAAAAUGGGCUAUUAUGUUUCUUUGUUUAAUUAUUUUCGUCGGAUUAUACAUUAACUAAGUAGUGAUGUUGUUUUUUUUUGGUCAGCAUUAUUUUAUACAUAUGCAACAAAUCGGAAUUAAAGUUCACAGAUCACAGAAUCAAAAUUGACAUAUAAAACAAUAGUGUUUACAUAGAAGAACAUUCCAUAUUAUUUCUAAUGAGAAACCGAACUAUUAUUAAUAUAUGAUUUAUAUAAUACACAGUAAAACAAUAGUCGAGGCAGGUUUGUCUGCCAAAUUUGGCAAAUAUUUAAUCUGCAGAUAUAUUUGUUUCACUUUUAUGACAUUUUAAUGUGCAUCUAUUGUAAAUUGGAUACAGUUUUUUAGUACAGUUUUGAAUUACUGUAAACUUAGUUUUAAUAUAUUGGAGUUGAGAACAUUUUUUUUUUCAAAUACUUCCUGGUUUUGUUAGUUUUUGUGCUAAAAUGCAGGUUUUGAAAUUAGAAAAAAAAACUCGUAAAAAGUAAAUUACAUAAUAAAAUAUUAUCAUUCUUCAUCUAGGCUGUUUGUUGUUAUUUGGUUAGUUUCUUUAUUUAGAUUGUGUAAUUUAUUUGUACAUGUAUAUCAUUUUGAUUGUUCACUUUUAUUGAAAUCAGUUCAUAUACCCUAUACAUUACUCUUAUCUGUUUUGUAUCUAUUCUUGUUUAUUUAUUUCAAACUGCCUUAGUAAUUUUCUGACAAAUUUACCGAAUACAGACAUAGAUAAACGUUAAGGAUCCUAUACUGGUUGCGGGUACAGAUAAAAAUAUCUGAGUUUGGGAUAACUGUUAUAAAGAGAGGCUGCUAUGUUUCAGCACUACUGUUACCUGGGGUAUUUAUGUCUGUAUCAACAGCAAAUGUUUGAUUUGGAUCAUUCAUGGUUAUUUCCAACAAUACAUAAGAUAAUACAAGACAUCUUGUAAAACAUGGUUUAUCUGUUGUACGCUAAUGUACUUAUAUUUAAUUGAUAUGGUACUUUUAGAUUAUACAUUACCUAUGUACAAUGCCAUGGAAAUAAGACUUUGAUUUAUAUUUAAUUGAUAUGGUACUUUUAGGUUAUACAUAACCUAUGUACAAUGCCAUGGAAUAUCGUUAUAAAAAUAAGUCUUUUAAAUAAGUCUUUGAUUAAAAGUUUUAAGAUAUUUAAAGAGAACUAAAAAACAUUUGCAGUUUAUUUUAUCAGGAUAUAAUGAAAAUUUCAGCAACUUAACUUUUUUAUUCACUUUUAACAUCUGUAUUGUUCAUUUUGGUAUUCAUGAAUGGAGUUUGAAAUCUAAAAGUAAUAUUGUUGACUUAUUACUAGUAUUCAGUUUUGGUUGAAUUUUCUGUACUUGUUACAAAAUCUUUAUUAUUUCUGGAUAUAAUGUUUGGACCAAAAUUGUACGAGUUAUAGAACUUGUCUAUGUUUAAUGUUGUAUAUCAAUAUUGAAAUUUGAUUUUUUUUGUGCAUAUUUUAUGAGAAUAUGUGCAAAAAUUUAUAGAUUUAUAAUAUAAUAUUUUUCACAUAUGACAUGCCCUCUGAAUAAAUAUAAAA